GAAGCCGUCCUUCAAGCACCGAACCGCGCCGAGGUGUGGUCGCGCAGCCAGCGGCCGCGGUCGGUCGCCAUGACAGGCCCGCGGUUUGAGCAGACGGAUUUCGCGCUGCAGCCCCGACCCUACGCGGCCAUCGACCUCAUCCACCAGCAGCCGGUGCGGUGGACACACGACCGGGUCGUGGCCUGCGACGGAGGCGGUGGGCCGACCGGUCACCCCAAGAUCUUCAUCAAUACCGACAAGCCCGAGAUUGCGACGUGCGGAUAUUGCGGGUUGCCUUUUGCGAAUGAGCACCAUAGGAAACACCUCGAGUCUCUUCCCGAGACGUCGUAUCCUCUG